AUGUCGUCCCCAAAACCCCCCGGGACCUCACGACCCGGGCCGGCCCGGACGGUCGACACCUUCUUCAACUCCCCAUCGGCAGUCUAUACGGCAGCGACCCUCCUGCGGCUGGGCAUGCUCCUCUACGGCCUGUGGCAGGAUGCCGUCUCGCCCGUAAAGUACACCGACAUCGACUACCUCGUCUUCACGGACGCGGCUCGCUUCGUCGCCGGCGGUGGCUCCCCUUACGACCGCGAGACGUACCGCUACACGCCGCUUCUGGCCUGGAUGCUCGUGCCCACCACGGCCUGGUUCGAGUUUGGCAAGGUGCUGUUUGCCGCCGCCGAUCUCGCCGCCGGCCACCUGCUCGUCUCCGUCCUGGUCCGCCAUGGAGGCAUGGACGGCGCCGCCGCCAGGCGCUACGCGGCCGUCUGGCUGCUGAACCCCAUGGUCGCCGCCAUCAGCACCCGCGGCAGCAGCGAGGGCCUGCUGGGCGUCCUGGUCGCUGCUCUGCUGUGGGCCGUGCUGGAGCGCCGCGUCGUCCUCGCAGGUCUCAUCCUCGGCCUGGGCGUCCACUUCAAGAUCUACCCCUUUAUCUACGCCCCGGCCAUUGUGUGGUGGAUGGAUCGAGAGCGGAUGCAGCGGCCUGGCGCCGUCGCCUCAUCCUCCUCCUCGCCAGCUGCCUCUGCCGCAGAUGCUAUCGCCCGCUUCGUCACCGGGGACAGGGUCACCCUCGCCGCCGUCAGCCUGGCGACGUUCAUGGGCCUAAACUACGCCAUGUACGCCCUGUACGGCACCGAGUUCGUCGUGCACACGUACCUGCACCACGUCAGCCGCAUCGACCACCGCCACAACUUCAGCCCCUACAACACGCUGCUGUACCUCAACUCGGCGUCUCCCGCCUCGGCCUCGUCCCCCUUCAGGAUCGAGUCCGUCGCCUUCCUGCCGCAGCUGCUGCUCUCGACCGUCCUCAUCCCCCUGGUCCUCGCCAAGCGCCACCUGCCGACCAGCAUGCUGGCGCAGACGUUUGCGUUUGUGACCUUCAACAAGGUCUGCACCAGCCAGUACUUUUUGUGGUACAUGGUCCUGCUCCCGCUGUACCUCCCGCACUCGUCCUUCUUGCGCAACGGCCGUCUCGGCCUGGCCGCGCUGCUGCUCUGGGUGGCCGGCCAGGCCGCCUGGCUGCAGCAGGGCUACCUGCUCGAGUUUCUAGGCCAGAGCACCUUUUUGCCGGGGCUCUGGGUGGCUUCGCUGGGUUUCUUUCUCGUCAACUGUUGGAUACUGGGAGUCAUUGUGUCCGACGUGGUCAAUGUUCCUGUGCGACGUGGCUCGGUCAAGAACUAG